CUCUUUCUAGAACUCUCUCUACAGCUGCAUCAUCAAAAAUGAAAUGGGCUCAUCAUGCUGCAGCUUUGUGGGCCGUCACACCAACUGCAGGGACUUCUGUGAUGCCAUAUUCAGAACAGACUCGACCCCAACAGAGUCCCAAAUCAAGACCGUCAAAGAGUUCUGCAGCAGCCACAGCCCUAAGCUGGUUGAAUGUGUCAACAAUUUCACAGAGUCCUACCCCGCUCGGAGCCCAAUAGACAGUUUGUACUGCUGUGACCGGGCUGAAGCCCCUAAUUGUCAGGCGGCCUGUAAGCAUCUCCUUCGCACAAUGAAUACAGACCAGGAGAUCAUGGAGGGUCUGAUAAAGGAAUGUGGAACCCAGCCCCUCCCUCAGGACCCAAUGUGGCAAUGUUUUCUGAUCAGAGCCCACCCUCCGUCUCCGCCUGUGGACGAGACACCGCAUCCGGCCAAGAUGGACCGUGCCAAGCUGCACUGCUGUUCUAAGGCAAACACAUCAGUCUGCAGGGAGAAGUGUCGGGAGAUCAGCACCCACUGGGGCAGUCAGACUUGGCAGGAUUUUGAUCAGUUGUGUGAGUACAACCCAAUGGAGAUAGAGCUCAUCAACUGUCUGGCUGACGUCCGAGAGCCUUGCCAGCUUGGCUGCAAAGACCUCACUUACUGCACCAACUUCAACAACAGGCCCACGGAGCUGUUCCGCAGCUGUAAUAUGCAGUCAGACCAAGGUGCCAUGAACGACAUCAAGCUUUGGUCUAAUGGGACGAUUAAAAUGCCGUUUAUGAACAUCCCUGUCCUGGACAUCAGGAAGUGUCUCCCGGACAUGUGGAAGGCAGUGGCCUGCUCGCUGCAGAUCAAGCCAUGCCACAGCAAAUCUAGAGGGAGCAUCAUAUGCAAGUCAGACUGCGUGGACAUUCUUACCAAGUGUGGGGACAAGAAGUAUUUUCACGAAGGACAAACCCCCGAGAGGCUCUGUGAGGUUCUUUCUCCCAUCGAUGACCCAGAACAUUGCAUCCCCCUCCACAGAUAUCUCACACCCAGUUCACUAGGAAACAGCAUCGUUGAAGAGAUCAUCCAUCCAUGCAACCCUAAUCCAUGUCCAAGCAACCACUUAUGCCAGGUCAACAGAAAGGGAUGUUUGGAGGACACCAGCUGUCAGCCAUACAUCUGUGUUCCAGGUUGUAAAAUGGGGGAGGCUUCUGAGUUUCUGGUGCAGCAGGAUGCUCUAAUUCAAGUCCCGACCCACGAUGGUGCUGCUGGCUGCCAUGAGAUGUGCAGCUGUGGCCCAAGCGGGCGUUUGGAGAACUGCAUGUCUAUCCCCUGUGUGGAAAUGGACAAGGGCUGCAUUGUAGAGGGGCAACGGAAGGACCACGGCUCAUCUUUCACGACCGACUGCAACACAUGCUCCUGCUUCGCUGGAGAAACCAUCUGCUCGACGAGAAAAUGUCCCACAAAGAAAGACUCUUGGGCUUCUACUGAUCAUCCCUGUAACUGUCCGUAUAGCUUUAUCCCAGUUUGUGCCGUUAACGGGCGUACCUAUCCCAGUGGAUGUGUGGCUCGCUGUAUGGGAUUCAAAGAUCAACAGUUUGUCUUUGGCCACUGCCAUUCCAGUAACCCCUGCACUGGCAUCAGCUGCCCGAGAAACCAGAGGUGUGUCCCAAGACGUCGCGUUUGUCUGAGCAACACCUCAGAUUGUCUGCAGUACGAGUGCAUAGGCCGACCGGCGGUCUGUGACAGAAGCAGCAUGGAGCCGGCCUGUGACACAGACGGCCUGGUGCACCGCAGUCUAUGCCAUCUGCAGCAGGCUGGGAAGAAGCUGGCCUACAUGGGACACUGCCAGGAUGCCUGCCGGAAAACUAAAAAGGUUUGCGGUCACAACGGUGAGACCUACAGCACCGUGUGUGAGGCAUUCUCUGACCGUGUGGCUGUGGACUAUGAGGGCCCCUGUCGUGCUGUAGGGGCCCUGUCUGGCAUGAUUCUAGAUAGGGUGUGCAUCGAGGUGACCUGCCCGCCGAUAUCUGUUCAGGGCUGCCGCCCCAUCACUCCUCCUGGAGCCUGUUGCCCCAUAUGCGCCAGUAUACUGCAGAUCCUCUGGAGCCAGAAGCAGAUGAACACUUUCUCAAAGCUGAAUAAGAACCAGCCCGUGACGGUCUACGACAUCCUGCAGAUCCUGCGUCUUCACGUCUCUGUGCCACAGUGUGACGUCUUUGGCUACCUGAGCAUCGACAACAGACUGGUGGUCCUUGUGGCAGCAGUGGACCAUCAGCCAACACCGCUGCAGAUCGAGGCUUGCAGUAAGGAGGCCGAGAAGAUUGAUUCUCUCAUUAACUAUGCCAGUCCCACUUUGGUCUCACACGUCCCCCUGUCAGCCUUCCUCAGCUCAGAGAUCAACGCCUCCUCCAUCCACUCUGGGGGCUCUCUGCCUUCACCUGUCCACCUAAGCCUCUGGUUCAUCCUUGCUCUCAUCAUUACAGCUGCUCCAAGGAUCCAGUAGCUUUAAGUGCCUUGCACCCCCCAACCCCCACCACUACCCAGUUUGUUCCCAAAGUGCACUAAUGCUUUGCAUGUCCAAGAUGCCAUGGUGUUGGACAUGGCAGUAAUUAUGACAAUCAUUCCCUUUUUUUUGCGUUCCAAACAAUCAAGCUGGUUGAGAAGUUACUGAUAUUGUUAAUUAUUUGUUUAAAAAGUAUUGUUAUUCAGUGAUAAGUUUCUCACUAGCUCCCCCAGUGGAGAGUAUGUGGGGGGAUGGGGGGGAUCUAAUCUUAAUGAAGUAUUUAGCUUUAUAUCAACAGUGUUAAAAUCAGGAUUAUAUUUCCUGACAAGUGUUAACGUUGAUGCAGCAAAUCAACAUUUUUAUGUGAUUAAACAUCAGUAUUGACCUCGUGUACAGCGCAUGAGCUCCAUGUGUUGUAGUUGUUGAACCUAAGCAGUGUUAUAGACGUGGCUGGUCCAAUAAACAGGUCCAGCCUUAACAAUCAAAUCCAAAAAGUGAACUAUAGAGUACAGAGGGUGCCACAAAUAUCACACUAAAGUAAAUCCAUCCCUUUCAUUUUCUGAACAUUUAAUUUUCUUUAGCUAAACAGUUCUCCUCCUUUGCUUUGGCUCGUGAUUACAUUCCACCACAAGCUUCAACAUCAGAAGCUGAACACAAAGAGGAGUCUUUGUCAUCACUGGAGAUAGGAACACAGUGGACCGGUGCUCCUCAGCUUCAGGAGACAUGUAGAGUGUUGGGAAGCUAUGAUCACUGUCUGCUUCAUCUCAUACCAAUUUACAAGGAGAAACAGAACACCUCUAUAGCCGGGUAUGUACUGUGCCAUGUUUUCAAUCUAUGCACGAAGCUACAACUUAAACUAUACGACC